AUGCCGGCCAGGAAUGCCAUGCAGUUUGAAAAGUUAAUUGAUGAAGCUACAGGAAAAAAGGAUUUCCAAUCCUUAGAACAAUUUCUGGCCACAGAAGAAUGUGAAAAUGUCUCUCACAAAUGCAGCAAACAGUUUGUCAACAAAUUGGACAAGCUUCUGUGUUGGGCACUUGACAAACAAGAAUUCAAAAGCAUUUCUACUUUAGUGAAUGCUGUUCAGAAAUGUGGGAGAAAAAUCAGCAUAGCAGGAGAAGAUGGGCUCCCAGCAAUGAUAAAACACGGUCUUGUUGGAAGGAUGGUCAAUUGGUUUGAAAAGUUAAAAGGAAUUUUGGUCCUCAGAGGAAAUGAAAAGAAUGAAAUGCUUACAAGUCUGGCUGAAGAUUUCUUCAUCAUGUUGCUGACUGUGUGUGAUAGCAGACCUGAAGGUAAAAUGCAAGUACUCGAAAACUUUGUUCUGAGAACAUGUUCCCUCAUCACUGAUGCAAGAAUUAAUAUUUAUGUUCAGCAGGAGGUAAUAAAAAAACUGAAUUUAUUGCUUGACAAGAUCCCUCGAGAUGCCAGGGAAAAGAUACUUUCUACAAAGGAGAUGUUGCUUGUCAUGAGUGAAAUGGGGAGGACAAUUUUGGAUGCUGGAGACUAUGACACACAAGUGGCCAUCACAGAAGCUCUGUGCAGGAUGGUGUCAGAGAAGCAAAGGGCAGUUCUGGCCUCCCAGUGGUUUCCCAUGGAGUUUGUGUCCACUGCAUUUAAAGGAAUUAAAGAUUCGGAGUUUGAGACAGAUUGCAGAAAAUUUCUUAACCAGGUGAAUGGCAUGCUUGGAGACAAAAGAAGGGUCUUUACAUUCCCAUGUUUAUCAGCAGCUCUUGAUAAGCAUGAGCUCCAGAUACCAUUGGAUGAAAACCUGGAAGAGUUUUGGAUUGAUUUCAACGUUGGCAGCAGAAGUAUUUCCUUCUAUGUGGCAGCAGAGGAUGCAGAUCAUCAGUGGGAAACAGUCAUUAUACAAGAAGAUGAUGUCAGCAUGUACAGCCUGGAAGAAAAAGAUUCAAAGAAAUUAUUAACAAUAGAUCUAAAAAGCCCAAUGAGUGUGAACACUCUUGAAGGAGGAAAAUUUCUUUUAUAUUUUGAUUCUAUCUUGGAAAUCAAAGAUGUGAUCAUAAAGAUUUAUGGAUUUCAUAAAUGUAAGGAGUUCAGCAAGAAGCAGUCUGCAUCAGUAGUCAAAACAACUGUCCACAUUGUCUUUGAUGAAAGUGGAUCACAGGUUCUGGUACCAGAAAGUCAGUUGUCACUAGGUUUGAAAGAAAAAUCUGGAGAUGAGGAGAAACUCAAUAAAUACAAAAUUCAGCAACCUCCUGGCAGUUUGAGGUCUCAGAGUAAAAAUAACAGUCAAGAAAAACUCAGAGGUGAUUCCUCCAAGAUAACUCCAUCCCGUAAAAGGAAAGUGUCUGAAGCAUCUGUGCUUAUUCCUGGAACAAGUGUGUCCACAAGGAGUCCACCGUUUUUUGUCAACACAUCCACUCCUUUUAAAAGGAGAUUUAAAUUGCCUUUGGAAAUGACCAGCUCUACUAAGAGGUCUGACAAUGAUACAAUAAAUGAGAGCAGAACAAAAAAUUCCUAUCAGGAACCUCCUGGACAAAUGCAUUCUGAAGAGGUCUUAAAAGUUGUACAAGAGGCCACAGAAAAGCAAACUUUAGAUGAAGUGUUAGAUAUCAUUCCUGAUUCUCAGCCAGUUGGGAGAAGCAACAAACCUUUGCUGCCUGGUCUUUUGGAGACUUCUUUUGAUAAAACUGAAACAUGGAAAAAAAGAACAUUCCCUCUUCCUGAGAAGAAUGUAACAACUGGGGACAAGCAAAAGCCAAAUCUGUCACUGAAACCAAAGUCUAAAGAAAUGGCAGAUGCAGCCAAAUCACUGAUCAGUAAAAUCAGUGACAGAUACAGAGACAAGAGUGAUGUGAAGAGCAAAGCAAGAGAUUCCCUGGGCUUUAACAGGACACAUUUAAAUAAAUCCUGGAUUUCCAAGGAAGAAGUUCAGGACAGGACCUUAAAAACUGCUUCUUUUCUUAAUAUAACUGCUGGUCGUGUUCUGGAUGAUGUCUACAACUUUAACAUCAGUGGGUUUGAUGAGCCUACAAUCAAGCUCGGAAUCCAAGAAUUGCGUGUGACUGAACUGAGUGUUCAUACAGAGACAAACAGAAAAGGGAAUACAGCCAUCAGUAAAUCCAGCACAGAAGGGAAGGGAGGAAAAAAGACUAGAACCAAUCGAGACAAGAAGCAUCUUUUUAGUGACUCAGACACAGAAAACAAAGGGGAUGACAGCAAGACAGAGAUUAGUUGGCUGCAGGAAUCCAAGAGGAAACCUAAAGCCCAGAUAAUUGAUUACAGUAGAAGUAAAAAAUCAAGGAAACCCAAGAGCCCAGACAAAACAAAUAAAUCCUCUGAACCUACUUAUCACAUGGAUAAAGCUAAAGGCAAAAAUACAAAUAAGAAAAAGAUAAACAAAAACCCCCAGGAUUCGAAUGAAAUGAUAGUAAAGUCCACCAGGAAAAAACUCCCUCGAAGAGCAGCAGCAACAAAAAAUUACAAAGAGCCUUCCAGUUCUGAGUGUGAGAGUGAAGAAGAGAUUCCAACAUGCACCUCUAGGGAGAAAUCCAAAAUACAGAAAUAUAUGAAUGGGGCAGUCAAGGACUCCAAGCAGCCAAAGGCAAUGCAGAUGGUACCUGUGGAGCCACUGAGAGUGGAUAGCUGUGUGCAGAAAACACUGGUCCAAGCCAGGAAUUCUGCAGAGCAGAAGGAAGUGGAAAUGCCUUCACCUGAGAGUCCUGCCUCCCUUGAGACAAUGAGAUGUGCUGAGAGAGUGUCAGAUGUCAGUCCAGAGCACAGCUCCAGUGAGAGGUCGCUUGGUCUGCAGGAAUCAACACCAGAAGCCAGGGAAAUGCUAAACUCUGAGAGAGCAACCUCUCCCAGUAAUUUCUGUCCACAAAAUGAGAGUUUUCAAAGUCUGGGUGUAACUCAGUCCCCUGAGACAGCAGUUACAAAGCUGGCAUUUGGAAGGAAAAGCUUCUCACCAGUUUUAACUGAAGCAUCCGUGCUCAGCUUAACCAAAUACAAAACUGUCAGUGGCAAAAAUUCCAAGGGAGCUGCAGCAGAAACCUGUAACAAUAACGAAGAUUCAAGUUUCCAACAUCGCUUUUCAGACACGUUUUCUGCUAAAGGAAGGCUUCAGGAUAUCACUAAACCUAUCCCCAAAAAUAAGGAGGAGGUAUCACCAUCCCCACUGUCCAGCAGGAGUAGAGUACAGUCUUGGAUUAGAGAACCUUAUUCCCCCUUGAAUGAGUCAGGACCGAGUGUACAGACAUUCCACAAACGAAUUUAUCACAGCACUACAGAAAGCAGCUCUGAUGAGGCAGAAACAAGCAAAGAAGAGGAAAAGAAAGGAAGGAGAAGAAUAAGUUUACAGCCCAAAAAAUUAUUUAAAACAGAUGAUGCUGUUACUUGCAGAGUGUCUGAAACGGUCUCCACUCAAUCUGUAAAUGACCUGUCUGGUUUGGAUGGGGAAUUCUGGAAGCCUGAUUGCUCAACCAUCAGCAUUUGUCAGCAGCUCCAGAAAGAAGUUACCAAAAAAAUUGAGAACCGCUCCCGGAAAAUGGAUAAUUAUAAUAAGCAAACACUGAGAGCUGCCCAUCAGCAUUUGGCAACAAUGAGUCACCAACUCCAUGAAUGCAGGAUCAAGCAGUUGGAUGAAUUUCAUUUUACUCUCACUGAGGAACUUGAGAAAUUUGAAAAGGAUUCUCAGUCCCUGAAAAUAAUGGAAAAAGAAUUCUUGACCUUUUGGAAAAAGCACUCCCAGUCUUUUAGUACAUACAUGAAAAAUGAGCAGCAGAGAAUUCAGGUUCUUAAAACUUCCUUUGAAAAGAAUAUCUGCUAUUCUGUUGGCUUGGAAGAAAAUGUUUUUACUUCAGAGAUGCAUCUGAUGAAAGAAGACAUAAAAGGACUCCAAGAGAAAUUUCUAAAAGAAAUGCAAGAAGAGGAGCUGUGUAACGUUCGCAGGGGAUUGCAGACCUUGUUUCAAUCAAAGGCAGAAUUCUGA